GAUGGGGGAGACGAACCUGCGAACAAAAGAUGAUCUUUAUACUAAUUAUAAUACUUGUGCACGUGGUGGUCUUAAUUAUGACGUUUGAGAAACUAUUGCCGAACAUAGUUAUUCAUAUUUUUUAAGUAAAACAAAUACCAAAGAUUUAUGUAGUUGUUAAGCUGUAAGCUAAGAGUCCGUGGGGGACUUUUGGACUUCGUAAUAGUAGUUGUCGACAUAUUCUUUAGCUGUUCCAGAGAACGUUAAAAUGCAUUUUUUUUUCCUACCGAAACAACGUCGUCAUUCCUUUGCAGUAAUUUUUCACAGAAAUAUCACGUUUGACGUACAGUCUCAGCAACAUUAGCUGUAGGCCUAAUCCAGUUCCAAUCAGUGUAUGCUAAUCACCCUUUACUUUGAUAACACAAGCCAUUUGAAGCAUCGCUUUUCUGUCCUCUUUUGUGUCAUUUAUGUAUUUACCAGUGUCUACGUUUUCAUCUCAGGUUGUUUUUACUUAAAUAUGCCCUUGAAAGGCGAGUUGGGUGUAGAUUGAUGAAUGCAUUUUUUUCAUGCUAAUUGCAUCCAAUGCAUUGUGUUCAUACCUGUUGUGUAUUCAGUAUUCUCUAUAAGACAUAUUUAGACAUGUUCAGACAACAAGUCAUGUUCAAUUAUGAUGUAUUCAAUUAAAGGGAUAGUUCGGAUUUUUUGACAUGAAGUUGUAUGAAGCAGUAUAUUACACCAACAGUGACUUAUUUCCCCAAUUGGUCCCGUGAGUCCAGGUCUGGUCGGACAUCGGUGAUGAGGAACGUAGUUGCGGUUAGUUGCUGGAGCCAUUUAAGUAAAGAGUUAGGCUUCUCAACAAAAUAUGCGUUUCUACAGAGUAAUACAUUUGCAUCGCAAAAGUGCCUCCUCAAAAAAAUCAGACCUCACAAAUCGCUUGGCGUUAUAUUUGUAUCCCUAUGCAUUCUUGUGUAUGUGAUGAACACACUCGCAUAUUAUUCCGCUGUGGAACAAACACAUAAACAAGAUGGCCGCGGAGGAAGAUGCCAGUGUCUUCAUCACAUAGACAAGAAUGCACAGGCGACAGUGUGCAGGGAUACGGCGGGAGACAAAUAUAACGCAGGUUUGAGACCCAGGCUUUCCAGUGUAAAUGAAAAAUCACUGAGUUGCACUGAGAAUGAUCCAAUCCCCAUUGUAAAUUAUAGUUAUAGUAUAUACAUUAAUGAACUUGCAGUCGAUUGUAAUGCAACAACAAAACAAAAACAUUUAAAUAGCUAAAUUCAUGUAAUAUUACAUACAGCGACAAUCGCUUGAAAACUGGCCAUCUUUUGAAAUUUUUCGUUCUUCGUUCAUGUUUUCAUGGUGCGUCAUUGUUUUUAAGUUGACUUGAGUUUAGUUAAUCAGUAAAUACAGUGGGACCUCAGUGCGCCUAUUAAAAUAAUUGAGUGCCCAAACAAAGCAUCUACACGUUGCUGACUCCGUAAAGAAUGGAUAGUGGUUCUUUUAGAAUUGGGACACUAUAGACAGAUUUGGGCCAGGGAAUCCUUUAAUCAUCUUUAUUGUGUGUAUGUAGGUGGUUUAUCUGUUCAUAGACCACACACAGGACGAUGAACAACUCUGUCUCCUUCCUUCCUCCUGUCAAGCCCUGCGCCGUGCACUGUUGGGGACGGCUGCACGAAAAAUUGGCAAGCACCAGAACUUUGAUAAAGAAGGACGGUUGCAACAAAAAAUUGCAAGCACCAGAACUUUGAUAAAGAAGAUGUCGUCAUGCAAGAUGAACCAGGACAACAUUUUUGCAAAUCUUAAGAAGGAUGUCCGCUCCUUACUCAUUUCAUCUAAAAUGGGUUUGAACCCUGACCAACUCAGACGGGACUACAACACUAUGUUAGGUCACCCUCUACCUCUAAAGCUCCUGGGCUUCAGAAACGUCAUGGAUAUGGUGAACAACAUGCCUGAUGUGGUGUCAGUGAACUUCAGAGAAGAUAGUGGCAUAUUCUUAAAGGCUGUGAGUGAUGAGUCCACUCGAAAUAUUGAGCAGCUGGUAGCCAAGCAGCGUACAUCCAAUGCAGACAAGAGGAGAAAAGAAAAGAAGUUCUCUUCACACCGCAGUUUUUACCAGCCAUCCUCAGUGAUUCUCCCCCGACGGGGUAGUGCUCCUCUGGCGCUCCCUCCCGAGCUAAGGGCAAAAUUACGCCUCCUCCUCUCCCAGGGUCCGCUGAGGUUGUCAGAACUGGAUAAUUGUUUUUUGCAAUGCUUUGGCUACCCUCUGCGUGUCCAUGAUUAUGGCUUCUACUCUAACGGAGAGAUGCUGCAAGUUGCUGACGAUCUAGUCCUGUUCCAGCACAGCAGGUUUGGCUCCAUCCUGUCUCUGAAAGACCAAAUGCUGCCCAAACCCCUGCUAAGAACAUAUUGCGCACAACUGAGCCCUGGCGCAGGCAAGAUGGUUACCCCCGCAGCUAACACGAGAGUCCCGAUCCCAACAAAAUCUCAAGUGGAUGUCCCAUCACAUGUACCUGGGAAUUCCGCCCACUCUGAGUCAACAAAUUCCAUUUGCAAGCUGCAGGUGAUUGAGAACAACCAAGAAUCACAACCUGAGCCCUGCCAGAAAAGUCUCUUUCAUCAACAUGCCCUAAAGCUGGAAGACGAGUUUCGCCAGCAAAUUGUUGAGAAUGGAAUUGCUGGCACUGUAAAUCAUGAGCUGAAAGAGAAGCUGCUAAAGGUUGUCAGCCAACGUGACUGUGGAUUAUCAGUCCAUAAUCUACCUGAAGAGUAUAAGAGGCUUUUUGGUGUAGACUUGCCACUGAAAGAGAACGGCUUUGUCAGUGUCACUGAGCUUGUUGACACCUUGGGCGACAUCUUCCACCUGCAACCUGCAGAGAGUGAUGGGAGACACCACUGGAUCAUAAAGAACAUUCAGGACGGUGGACUUUCACAUUCAGGACAACAUGAUGGUAUAAAUCAGCCACAUGGGUGUCACCUUAGAGAGUCUCUUUGGGAAGGCAAAGUGGAAGAUGAUGAUCACAUUUUAUCAGUGGACCAGGUUAAAGAGCCAUUGACCAGCAACCAUUUUAUGAACCAAGAAAGGAUGUCAGGGAUGUGCCCUGCCGUUAAGGUUUACUGCAGCUCUACUGUUCCUCUAGAUGCCCUGCAGGGUCAACAUCUUAAACAGCCGACGCAGUAUGCCACUCGAGUGUUGCUGCAAGUCAGGGUGGAACAAGUGGAGUCUCCGGGGCUCUUCUAUAUACACUUCAGCGAGAGCGAGGAGACCCAAGCUUUCGAGGACAUGAUGGUUGAGAUGAGACGAUGUUACUCCUCUCCUGAAAUCUUCGAUCGCUACCGCCUCCCAAAGCAAUUUGUCAGACAGGGGCAGGUCUGCUGUGUGUCAUCCAAGUACAUGUUUUUCUACCGGGGAGUGAUUCACCAGGUUUUCAGCCCCACCAGUGUUGAGGUGUACCUUGUGGACAUUGGCAAUAUGAUCACCGUGAACACUGCAAACCUGAAGUUCCUCAAGUCAAGUUUCUCUGCUGUCCCAGCACAAGCUGUCCCGUCAUCACUAGCUGGAAUUAAACCAACAAAUGGGGAUUGGACUUCAGAGGCCACCGCUUCCUUCGUCAAGCUUUGCUCUAAUCGCACCCUCGUGGCUGCUCUGAAUUGCUACACUGGAGAUGUGCUCCAGCUCUACCUGUGUGACACUCACACUGACAAAGACAUCUACAUCCACCAGAUCCUCAUGAGCCAGGGAUAUGGGGUCGCCUGCAGCCCCUCGGCCAGUGCAGCAUUGUGUGUCCAGGUCACCCCUGUUAGUCUAUACCUGGGGGAGGGUACAUUUGACCUGCCAGAUGUUGAAGAGGAGACUACUUGCAGCCUCCAGCCAGCAGAAAAACUUGAACAGUCAUCGAUGGCUGCACUGAAGCUUGAAGCAGAGGAGCUGCCUGCCUUAGAGUUUAUUGAGGACAGCGGCCUCAGCGUCGAUAUCCAGAACACUUCAUUGACACGUAAAGAGGAGGAACAAGCACUCAUAGUCACAGAAGCUUCCACACUUGCUCUACCUCAUGCCCUGAAGAUGCUGGAGCAACACCAGGACUGCAGCUUUCAGGAUGAAGAAAACGCCAACAAGCCCCCUGUAGGGAAACACUCAAUGGCAGGAAUGAAGAACAACUUCCUUUUAACAGGAAUGUUUGUGAAGCAAGAACCUCGCUUGGGUUGGGGUGCUAGCCUUCUGCCUCGACCGGUUGGCUUGAGAUGGAAAUAGAGGAAAGAUGGAAAGCAGGGCUGACAGGUAUGAACAGGUGAAGAAGAGGAGAGAGGAGAUUAGAUCCCGUUCAUGUGCUUUAUUUCUUAUUGCGACUGUAGUUUGCAGUGGUGCUGCUGUCUUGUUGGAUCUUGUUUUGAUGACUGCAUAUGUUCUAAUAGUCUGUGUUCAUAAAGUGGAUACAAACACAUCUCAAAUUAUGUCAAAUAAAGCAGGCCACGAGAAAUCAUUUCUAAACUUGGACGUGACCACCAUGUGAAAUUGAAAUUCAUUUAGGGUAAGGAGGAAUAAUGUAUUUCCAUAAGUGUGCAUGUCGUUAAACUAAUACUACAUUGAAGCACAUUGUACAUUGACUACACUAUAAGAAGUAGUUGACCUGGGGGAGAAAAAUUGGGGAGCUGUUGGCGAGAAUUGCAGGACUUGAUCAAUUUGCCCAGGACCGAACAGAAGGCCCUUUUCAGUUUAGUUCAAAGUUUGAAUGCGUGAUGCGAACACACAAAAAUGCAGACUGACUCACCGUCAGUGCGAGAGCAGAUGAUGUUAGCGUGGUUUGAUGUGCGUGAGCGACAGGCACAGCAUGUUUUUACCGUCCGUUUUACUUAGUCUUGUUUUAGUAGUGGUCAGCGCCGAAAAUCAAGCCUUAGACAAGUAAUUGGUUGGGAAUGGUAACAAUGUCUUCAGUGCUGCUGAAAGUUCUGGGUAGUUCAUUUUCAUUUGAGUCAGAAAUGACACACAAGCUACACACACACACAAAUUGGCUGAUUAACAUGCCUGGAAGCGACAAAACCAUAUUUUAAGUAGUCGGGAUGUCCCGUUCCGCAUUUUUUGGCUUCCAAUCAGAUGUUUUUUGUAGUCAUGCCGACCCAAUCCGAUACCGAUCUUUUUUUGUUUGUUUUUAUGUAGGCAGUCAUCGAUGUGGUGUGGUUUAUCGUGCAAAACUUGGAUAAAUGCGCUCACCGACCGAUGUAGGCAAAAGUUCUUCUUCUCAUCCGAAAAUAAUUUUUAAAGGUUUUAGUGAAGCAGCUCUACUCAGUAUCGCACCGCUCUUGCCCCUCACGCGCACCUUGAGUUGUCUACAAACUGCCGUAGCCAAAAUUCUUGCCCUCUUUCUUCUUAAUCUCCGACACGGAAUCAUUUGGUUCCGAAAAUAUUGACUCCUGUUGCACAAAAUCCUUGAAACUGCCACAAACGCGUUCAGGAGAGCACGCUAGCAAUGUGCGGAUCGACACUGAAAUAUCGAUACUUCCAUACCAGCUCCUUCAUGUUCUAAAGUCGAUCCUGAAAUCCAAAUAGUGAUACUUCAACUUCUUGCCCGAAGUCAGCUGGGAUAGCCUCCAGCAUACCACCGCAACCCUAGUGAGGAUAAGAAAAAUAGAAAAUGGAUGGAUGGCUUUUGUCAUGCAAAUGUACAGUAUACUCUUUUGUUUGUGUUGUUUUGAGGAGCAGAACGCUGUACCAACUAACCGGAGCUACUUUCUUAAACAGCAAAAACCAACCAGAACACGACUCACGGGACGAAGUGGGGGAAAAGUCACUGUUGUUGCGCUACACUGCUGAUGGGGAUGCCAUACAACUUCAUGUCAAAAAACCGAACUAUCCCUUUAACACACCUCAAUGAUACCUGUGUAUCUGUACCUGUAUCUACCAAUCGGUGUGUGGCACUACCCAGUGGCUAUACUCUCACACUCCUGUUGGAUAAAAAUUGAUCAUUUUUAGUUAGUCCAGUGGUUCUCAAUAAUUUCCGGUCAUGCCCCAUGGGAACAGAAAUGUUUUCACGCCAACACCCCCCCCCAACUGAUAAUAUAUUUUUAUUUAUCUCUACUGUAGAGACUGAACUCGAAAGUGUCAACUAUUUCAGAAGCACUGAGUUAGUCCAACUUUUGUUUCCAAGUUUGUGUUUGUUACACUUAUGAAUAUGUGGCCUUAUAGUUUUAUACUUAGAAGCAUGCAGCAACAUGUGUUGUCUUUGUUCUGCAGAUGACUCUUCUGUCAAUGCUACUUGAGUUACUCUAGAAUCAGAAAGGUUUGGUGGGGUUUUCUGCAUGUGCUUAAUCAGUUAUGCCAAUAUUUACACCAACUUCAAAAAUGGUUAGUUUUUUUGUUCUUAGCAACUACAGCUGGUUUCCUCUGUACUUAACGGAAGAAUAAAUUGAUCUU